AUGGCCGAUGUCCGGGACAUUUUGGGGGUGCCGAGGGGCGCUGCAUCGGCAGAAAAGGCAGAUGCACCAGCAAAGCUAAAGGAACGUAUGCAGCGACCAGCGGGAAUGAGCAGAGAGGCGUUUGCUCUGCUUGGUGGUUCACACCCCAUCGUACCCUCUGUCCUGACAGAGGAGCUGCGCAAAAAGGAGGACCUCAAAGGUCUAAAGCAAAAGCGGAAAUCAUCCGCCAAGGGCCAGCCCUUCCACAACCCUGCCAGGACCGAUGACCUGAAGCUGGAGCACUGGGUGAAGUGCCACAAAGAUCCUGCUGGCAAAAUCAGGCCCGCAGAUGAGGGAGAAUACUCCUUUGCAAAGUACAACAAGAAGAUGAUGGUGUACAACUACGAUGAGGAGGAGUGGACGAAUGUGGUGCCCAAAGAUCCGGAGUGGAGCCGAGAAGAGACAGACUUUCUGAUCAGCAUGUGCGAACAGUUUGACCUGCGCUUCCUGGUGAUCACAGACCGGUAUGAGUUUCCUGGCGGCAAGCCGAGGUGUUGCGAGGACUUGAAAGCUCGCUACUAUGCUGUGGCCCGAGCGCUCGCCAUCGCCCGGGAAGGCUCUGAGGAGAGCAUUGCAAAUCAAAUCAUCGUCAAGCAUCCCUUCAACGCUCAGCACGAGAAGGAUCGCAAGAAGGCGAUUGAGAUGCUGCUUGCGCGCACGUCGCUGCAAGAUGCAGAGGAGAACAAAGUGCUGGAGGCAGCUGCAGUGAUUGAGGCUGCGCAGAGGCAGGAAGCCGCUGCUCGAAAAGCAGCAGCUCAGCCCGUCAGACCUGUGCACGUGCCUGCGCAACCGCCGCCGCCGCCCCUGCCCAAUGUGGUGGUGCCCCCGGCGGUGUCAGAGGUGCCAAUCGUGGGCACGUCCUCGCUGUUUGACAUCGAGGUCACGCCCAUGUGGCCCGCCAAGCCCGGGGUGUAUGUGCGCGGCGCCCAGACGCGCGAGACCGGCAACAUCCAGCUCAACCGAGUCAGCGGCGGAGCCAAGAGCCAGAAGGCGGUGGAGACGUUGUUGGGAGAGGUAGGGGCCACUGCGUCGCCGGAGAUGCCGACGCGCGAAACCUGCGGUGCAUGGCUGAUGCUGCGCAUGGAGGUGAUCGCGCUGCAGGAGGCCAGGAAGAGGCUGCUGGCACGCAACGCAGCCGAGGCCGGCGGCAACCCCGAGGGCCGCGGCAAACGCGCCCACAAGGGCAAGGAGCUGGAAACGUACAGGGUGUUUACUGCGGAGCAAGACUUCAAGUACGCGGCAGAAACAUUUCUGCAGGGACAAGCAAGGAAAUGGCUUUCCCAGGUUCUGCGUCAGCGCCUCCCUGACACCUCGCUGGCUACCCUUCUGAUGUCAGGCUGCGUCCUGGGUCGCGUGGCAGAUAUUGUCCUGGCGCAUGUGUUCAGGCGCAGCUUACGUAACACGAGGAUCCUGCCUCAGGAGUUUGGAGAGCGCCGCUACUCUGCAAUGCUGGACGAUCUCAACCGCUUCCAGGAGGCUUGCAAGGCGCUGGGCUUGAGGCAGGACGAUCUGGUGGCCACAUCAGACGUACUGACUGGCAAAAACGUGACUGCCACCUGUCACGCGCUGUGGAGCCUCGCAACUGCCUGCGUGGAUCAGGGCGUCAAGGGAAUCCCAGAGUUUGUCAGCAAGGGAGAGCAAGCGCAGCUGCGCGCAGAGUCCAUGUCACGCACGCGCAGCUACGAGAAGGCUUUGCGGCUGAGCACGGUGAUUGCCGAGACAGUGCACAAGCCGAAGAGGAGCAACCUUUCGCGCGAACUGUACCUGGAGCACAUCCCUGAUGUCAAGCCGGCAGGCACAGACAGCGCAUACAGCAGCCCCACGGGGAGGGACAAGGACAGCGUAUUUGACAUGGCACUCGACGAUGCGCCAGCGCUGAGCCCCACUCUCUCCGUCCACAGCGACCCCUCCGCCGCAGACCUGGCCGUUGCCACCCCUCCCGUCUCCGAUGCGCGCCCCCGCCCGCCCUCUGCCGGCAGCCGACGGCCGUCCUCGGCAGGGUUCAGGCUGCCGGCGCCCAGGGACAGGAGGCCCGGCUCUGCAGGCUCCAACUGCUCCUCCUCCAGCUCCGGCUCUGGCGUGACAACUCCUCUGGGCCUGAAGCUGCCGGUGCCAGUGGAGGUCACUCGGCAGGCAUGGGCCGUGGACUGCAGCUCCUACAAGGGGCUUCCCCUGCGGCCCCAGCCCAUCAUGCGCCCCAGGACCCCAGACAGCAGCAAGGCGCGCGCAGGCAAUGGACAGGGCUUCCUGGCUGGCUGCAGGGAUGCGCUGCCGGGGCUGGCAGGCUCCAUCAUCGCCAUCGCUGCCAUGGUCCUCAUCGGCCGCAGCGGCUCUGCGCCCACACAGAAUACCGACGAGCAUGACUCGGAGGAGGCUCAGGAAGAGAUUGCUGCCACAAAGGAAGAUCAGCUGUGGGUGGUGGGGCGAGCCUGAAAUUCUCAUUUUUCAACAGAGCUUCUCUGGGCAGGCCAAUCGGAAAGAUAAAUCCAACGAUUCUGGGCUCAAAAAUGCACUGUGAGGAAGAACUGCAAUUGCAUCUCAUCAUAUUAAGAAUAUGAAGCAAUAUUCAGCCCAGGCAGGCCUAAUUUUGCAUGCCUGCCUUUUUAUCAGGUGUUUUAGUGGCAGCAAAUUUAGCUGGCAGGAUCCAGUGUAUUCCAAUAUUGCUUGGGAAUUUCAGUUUAAGUGGGGUUUCUUGUGAGAGGGGUUUGUCUGAGGGUUCACUGCUGACCGCCGUUGGAGAUGGUCUUCACAUUGAUCGGAGAUGAGACAAGUAGCUACUAUAGAGUCAUUACAGUAUAUAAAGAGAGACAAGGGAUACUUUUUAACAGCCAGAAUUACAACAAAGUAACACAUUGAGGAUUUCAAUUCUCUGUCUGUAAAGUUGGAUGAAGCUGAGUC